AUGGGGGAAGUGAAGCAGUACAGUGAUAUUGGCUUGCCUGUGUUGGUAAUGAAGAGUUCUGGAGGCAGAGGUACAAUCAGAUCAGCUGUGAACAGCUUACAUAGCAAAUCUAAUAGAGUUGAAGUAGUAAUAAAUGAUUCUUCAUCUCCAGCUGUUGUUGACAGAAGUAAUGAAAGCAUUAAGCACAACAUUAAACCAGCCUCAUCCAAAUGGAGACACAACCAGACACUCUCUUUGAAGAUCAGGAAGCAGAUCCUGAAGUUCCUAGAUGCGGAGAAGGACAUUUCAGUGCUGAAGGGGACGCUGAAGCCGGGGGACGUCAUCCACUACGUCUUUGAUAGGGAUAGCACCAUGAACGUCUCGCAGAACCUGUACUGGGGGGGGUGGAGGUGCAAUCUGGCCCCUGUCCAAGAGUACUCCCAGGACGUGGGCAUGAAGACAGACCUGGUGACUAUGAACCCCUCGGUCAUCCAACGGGCCUUCGAGGACCUGGUAAACGAGACUUGGAGGGAGAAGCUGCUGCAACGCCUCCACAGCCUCAACGGCAGCAUCCUCUGGAUCCCGGCGUUCAUGGCCAAGGGGGGCAAGGAGCGCGUGGAGUGGGUGAACGAGCUCAUCCUGAAGCAUCGCAUCAACGUCAGGACUGCCUACCCCUCGCUGCGCCUGCUGCACGCUGUCCGAGGGUACUGGCUAACGAACAAGGUGCACAUCAAGCGACCCACCACCGGCCUCCUCAUGUACACCUUAGCCACUCGAUUCUGCAACCAGAUCUAUCUCUACGGCUUCUGGCCCUUUCCCCUGGACCAGAACCAGAACCCGGUCAAGUACCACUACUACGACAGCCUGAAGUAUGGCUACACCUCGCAGGCCAGCCCGCACACCAUGCCCUUGGAGUUCAGAGCCUUAAAGACGCUGCACCAGCAGGGAGCCUUGAAGCUGACUGUGGGGGAGUGCGAUGGGGCCACGUAG